GCACAAUUUCUCUUCUUCAUACUCCUUACGUGCACUAGUAAUCUUCGUAGGAUUGAUCAUCUAGCUUACUCCUCUCUCAACGAACACCUUCAUUCUGCUGUCGCCACAAUCCCUGUUUCUGGUGAAUCUAAGCCACCAUCUAACCAGGCUAGCAUUGCCCUGGUUUCGGAAUCUCAAUCAAAGACCACUUCUUCUGCUACCACCGGUGAUAAGAAAGGAGAAGACGGACUGCCUGUCUCUGCAACUACGACAGUAGCUCCAUCAAGCACAUCAGCAAUCGUCUGCAAAGUACUCCCUCAAAAGCAGCCUGAAUGUUCUGCAGCAGCUGCUACCAGCUCUGUUGUGACCGUUGCUCCCUCGACACGACCUGAAUCUAGUACUACUUUCUCCAACAGCAACACUUCGAGUAACAACCCGGUGUCAACACAACUAACCUCCAAUCAAUCUUUAUCAUUUAGAAGAGCGCCUCUCGGUGAUGUAGGAGAUUGGUUAUGUGUUGGGAAAGCUGAUGCCCCCGCACCUCUUUUCUUAAACUCCUGCAAUCCUGGGAAGAAGAUGGAUAACACCAUGGCACAGGAGAUGAGUUCAGUCUUCAUGCAGCAUCAACAACAAUCCUUUAGACAACAACAACAGGCCGUGGCGCCCCCUCAAUUAAUGAAUUUUGGUCUACAUGAACUGACUCUGCGCAACCAUCAAGGAUCCCUUCGUGACAACUACUUUACUGCCUUUUCAGGAGGAGGCAACAAUGGAUCUCAACAGCGAAAUAUCUAUACAACCCAACAGAAAGGUGGGGCUACUGGUUGGCAAACGGCAUCCUGGCAACCGCCACCACAACCUGCCCAGGCGGCUCAUUUUGAACCUAAUGGACUUUGGCCGAACAAUUAUAAUACCCCUCCACCUCAACCUCAAACGGCCUCUUACGUUGGAGUAAUUGGCGCGGAUAGACCCUCGACAAAUAAUUCUGUGGCGACACAGCAGCAUCAAUCGCGUCUACAGCAACAGCAGCAGCACUCAGCUGUUGCAGCCGCAGCUGCACAAGCUGCAGCUUUUGCCGCGGCAUCGAUUUAUGGAAGAGGAGGUGGAGUUGGUGCCAAUGGUGCUGGUCAGCAACCAUAUCCUCAGCCACAUCCGCAGCCAGGUGGGCUUUAUGCACAGUCACAGAGUCAACAGCAAACUCCACCCCCACAUCUCUCUUUUGAUCCCAACGUAAGCACUGCUGUUUCUGUCUCUAAUCAGUUCAUUAUUUAUUUUUAUCAAAUGGCAGGCGUUUUGAUAGUUAUCAUUAGCCCUGGACCUGACUUCGGGGCUUCACAGAGAGUAGAGGGAACAUCAAAGUGA